UUCAAAUGCCCGGGUAUUAUGAACGAAGUUUUUCGUUAUUAACAAAUCUCAAAACGUGCACGUCAGUCAAAACCUCGACAUCAAUUUUUGCAGCGUUAUGUAGUGAUAUUUUCUAUACUACGUGUAUUAUUUAUGUGUACGAGAAAUGGAGGAUUUUUGCGAGAACGUAAAACGGAAUCAAUCCAUUUCCUCUAUGAAUUUUUAUGUUUGGAUUUCGGUCUGUGGGUGCCAAUAUUAAGCGGACAAAAAACUAUUAUUCCAGUCCGCUUGAUCAAUAUCUGGUUGCUAAGACGAUAUGUCAACCAACGACGAGACGGUUUCGUGUGUAUAAACGAAUACUUUUGAUUAAUAAACGGUGCUGGAAAUAUUCAUUUUGCGUCUGAAUUUGGGAAUUUAAAAAAAAAAUCGUUUUGAAAUACACGCAAUGCAUAUAAUCAUUGCAGACUCAUGGGAGGGCCCAGAUAAUUACUGUAGUGACAAGUGUUCCCCAGUUUUCAUAAAGAAUUUCAUUGUGUCUGUGACUUGUGACCAAAAGACAGUGAACAUUUGGGAACCAAACUCUAUUUUGGACUCGAGAAUUUCACUUGUUGCACAUAAGCGAAAAAUUAAUGCGUUAGCAGUGUCACCAAAAAAUCAAAAUUUCAUAUGUACCUGCAGUGAUGACAAAAUAGUUUUAUGGAAGGUGAACUGCAUAAGCAGUAGUGGUAAUUGCACUGAUGGAAAUGCAUCUCCAGUGGGAGUGACUUUUGCUUUUGAUUCUGGAUAUGUUGACUAUUGUACUUUUAGCUGGAAUGAUGAGUGGUUGGCAUUGUGUAGGGAAAAUGAAAUACUGAUCAUAAAAAUAAAGUGGAGUGAAGACAGUGACAAAAAUUUUGAUGUUUCUCAUCAUGGGACAGUGGAAACAAAUUCUGGCAGUGGAAAUCUAUGUGCAUUUUCACCAUGGAAUUGUGAGAUAAUAGUUACUACAGAAGAUAGCAGUUACUUUAAGGUCUGGAAUAUUCUCACUAUGAAUUUACUUUAUAAAUCUCCAAAAAUUGGGAUGUACUCCAUAACUCAUUGUUCAUUUGCUAAUAGUCCUCCGUAUUUAUUGCUUGGAACGAAUGGAGGCAUAGUUUCCAUAUUCAGUUUUAAUGAGAAUAACAUUCCUAAAUGUCUUAUGAAUGUUAAUGUGAAUAAAGCGUUUUCAAUUUCUGAAGAAUGUUUAGGAUGUGGUGAGGCAGAUCACUAUCUCAAACAAAAACGUUCAAAUGAAUCUGUUGAAUUAAAAUCAGAAUGUGGAGAAAUUGGAUGUUUUGUUUUUGGUGUUUAUUUAUUUAAACGUGAAAUGCAAUUAUUCAAUAAGGAAGCGAGAGAUGAUACCUCUGAAAAUAUAAGCAUUUCCAGUUUCUUAAGUUGUUCUGAUCAAACUCUUAAGUCCAUAUUGUACCCAAAUGCUCUAAUUGCUGUAUGCUGUAACUUAGGAAUUGCUCUUUACAAUUGCAAUUCUUGGGAAUGUGAAUCAGUAUUGAAAACACUUGACAUGUUUCCUCCAUCUACUCUACCAUCAAAAUCUUUACCAUUAAUAAGUUUUCUUGUGAUUGGUGGUGAUUCUCUUGAUAAUUUUUUUUGCUUGGUAAAAAUGUCUCCUAGUCACAGUAAAAUUCUUAUUUUAAAACUGCAAGCGUUGGAAGAAAAUUUUAAAGACAUGAAACUUACAAAGGGAACAGUGGACAGAAACCAAGGAAAAUCUGUUAUACCCCUGGAAACUGUUAGAAAGUCAUCCCCUUUACGAUAUCAAAUGAGUUCUCAUUUAAGUGCCCAAGCCAGUCCAUAUACUUCAAAAGAAUUGAAAAAGAAAUCCUCAGGGUACGGGAAAACAUCCAGAACCCAGAUGUUUUUGCCUGUUAUCAAUAAAAAAAAUCAAAACAAAAAUUCUACUGGGGGUAGCCAAAAACAAUUAAAAUCUUCCAAAUCAUUCAUAGAGCACAUUUCUGAUCAAAGUAUUUCUGAAAGUGGCCCACCUACAAAAGCUGGCUUGAAAUUUUGUGUAUGGGAAACUACAGGGACAGCAGUCCAGUUAGCUACAGCAGGUGGUGGAGAAAACAUGGCCUGUAGCUCUACUGCUUCCUACAUAUGUGUCUUAAAAUCUUCUGAUCUGAACCCUGAAAAAGGAUUAAAUCUCAUAGGGCACAAUGGCCCUGUCAAUUCUUUGCAUUAUAGUUUGAAUUCUAAGUGGUUGGAAGUAAACAAGAAUUCAAUUGCUCAAGCAAGAUUUUAUUACAUGGAUCAAUUUGUUCUUACCAUUAGUCAAGAUUAUCUCGAGCUGUUCUCCCAUUUACUACAUGAAAUUGACAGUCAUCAAGUACAGGAUUUCAGAACAAAGCGAAUUUCAAAAAUCAAUGUUCCAGCUCAACACAUUACGUGUUUCAGUGCUGCAAAUCAAUUUCAUUCUUAUAUCAUUCUUUGUUGUUGUUCAAAUCGCUCCUUACAAGUAUAUGAUAUGAAUGUCCAAAAAUUUGUCAGUGUACUUGAAAAUAUCCAUUCUCGUCCUGCUCACCAUUUGAAGCAAAUGGAAGGGUCACAAUUCCUGGCACAUCCUCCAGGAAUGUACAAUUUGUUUCUCACCGCUGCUGUAUGUGAUAGUACAAAACUUUGGGAUUUGAGAAGUGGCAGAUGUGUCCAGAAAUACUGCCAACAUGUAAAUCGAGCUUAUUCUAGUGGAAUAGACAUUAGCCCAUGUGGCUGUUAUGUUGCAGCUGGAUCUGAAGAUAAAUAUGCAAGUUUAAUAAAGUUUACUUGUAUGAUACAAGAAAAUGCAGUGACUAUUUACACAAACUGGGAGGAUUGGGUGAUAUAGUGAUGGAUGUUUCAUUUAACCCUAGAAAACCUAUGCUUGUUGCUGCAGCAUUAAAUGGUUGCAUCACUUCAUAUACUGCAACAUAAUACAGAACUGUCUAAAAGAAACUGAGUCCUUUAAUUUGUUCGCAGGAUUUAUAAAUGUGAAAUUGUAAUUGAUUUUUUGUUGCGACAUUUCAUAAUAAUAUAACUUCAUGAGAAUAUUCAAAAAAAUAAAAAUAUUUUUUGAUAUACAAUGGCUAUAAUUCCUAAGAAAUAUCUUCAACAAUAUGUUGUAAUAAUAAUAGUAAAAUAGAAUGAAUAAUAAUUACAAAAUCAAUAAUAUUGUGUUAUUGUGUGUGUGUGUGUGUGUGUGUUU